GUAAAAUGUAAUUUGGUUGGUUUGGUUUGAUUGGUCGAAUUUUUGUAAAAUUAUCAGGUUCCAUUGAAAUUUGAAACAUCUAAGCAAUUCUUUGUGGUAGAGAGAGAGAGAGAGAGAGAGAGAGAGAGAUGAUAACAGCUGGAUCUUGAUCACAAGGUAUAGUCUCUCACUCCUCCUCCUGUCUCAUGUCUCUUCCCUCACUUUAUUCUUAAUUUUCUGAAUGUUGGGGAGGGUUCUACUUGACUUAACAGCAGAUCUGAUUUUAAUAAGGACCAGAGGGCUUAGUGGAUUGUUUUUUUCGCAUUAAUAUCCAGUAAUCUUCUGCGUAACUGCAUCCAUACUGUCAUUGUCCCUUCUAUCAACACGGAUGUCCACUUUCAAGGAGAGGAUAUGUACCAGGGCAUAAUGACAACCAACCACGGACCCCCCUCCUAUGAGGCCGGAUUUCUGCACAACGCCUCGGCGGGCACCUCUCCUGUUUAUGUGCCCACCACCCGGGUCGUCACCCCGAUGAUCCCGGCGCUGCCGUACCUCCAGACUCCCGGCGCGUCGCAGCAAAGCAACCCCGCGUCGAGCCACUCUGCCUGGGCGCAGCCGGGCGCAGACUCGGUGCCCUCGUACAACCACUCCCCGGUGUCUCCGCGUUUCACCUUCUCCACCAGCCCGCCUCUGGCCUCCGGCGUGGCCACGGCCCGGGAGACGGCAGGCUCCUACACCAGCCCGCUAAACAUUUCUGCAAACGGGAGGGAGCACUACGGCGCCCGGGGCCUCAGCGGCUCGUACCACAGCCCUUACCCCGCCUACAUGAGCCCCAACGUGGGUGGGACGUGGCCGGCGUCUCCCUUCGAUAGCCCGGUCCUUCACGGUCUCCAAACCGGUGCUCCUCCGGGCACGACACGACACCCAAACAUAGAUUUGUUCGAUGACUUCGCUGAGGGGCGAGAAUGCGUGAACUGCGGGGCGAUGUCGACCCCCCUCUGGAGACGGGAUGGUACUGGCCACUACCUGUGCAACGCCUGCGGGCUGUACCACAAGAUGAAUGGCAUCAAUAGACCUCUAAUCAAGCCCCAGAGACGACUGUCUGCCUCAAGGAGGGUGGGCCUGUCCUGCACCAACUGUCACACCACCACCACCACCUUGUGGCGACGAAACGCAGAGGGGGAGCCGGUCUGCAACGCCUGCGGCCUCUACAUGAAACUCCACGGGGUACCCCGACCAUUGGCUAUGAAGAAAGAGGGGAUCCAGACCCGCAAACGCAAACCCAAGAACCUCAACAAGUCCCAGACUGGGACUCAAGGCAGUGAGGGGACUCCAGUCACACCCAGCAGCACUCCCCGCGCCCCCACUACCACCACCACUACCACCACCACCGAUGAGCUUCGUCAGAUUAAGACAGAGCCAGAGAAUCACAGCUUGUACACACACCACAGCGCACACACACAGAUUUCAGCCUUGCCAGCCUACAUGGCAGCUCAAGGCGGGGCCAUUCCUCUCAAGAUGUCGCCUGGGGGCCACGGUGGGUCUUCCGGCUCCAAAGCUGAGCCCUGGAACAACCUAAUCCUGGCUUAGAGGACCCAUAUGACCCAGCAUCUCAAACCAACUCAUCUACAACGAUUAAACUCUCCCAACGGACUAGAAUCUCGGGGGAAAGCGGGCUGCUGCUCUGGGCGCAGAUGAUCCCGCACAGCCUUCCCCCACACCGUACAUACAGUGCCUUCAAUACAAAGACCUGGGACAGAAAUAUGGGAGCCACAACGGAAAUGGAGAUCUCAGACAUUACUGCACAGAUACUGUGUGUAAAAUCACAGCAAUCAAGGACUGAAGGGAGUUUGUGUUAGACGAUCGUCAAAGAGCAGCUCGGUGCUUAGAUCCACACAACAACUUUUAAUAGAAAAAAUUGCAGCUGUGAUAGAGAAUAGCUUUUUUUGUCACCCUCACCUGUUGCGCCAUGCCAGUGCUCGACUAAAACUGUAACAUAAGCCAGGGACAGAUGACAGUAUUGGUCAGACUUAAACUCCCUGUGUUAUUUUUAUUUCAAUAUAUUUGUCUUUUCUUCAUUGUAAUGAUUUACAUAUUAUUAUGGACAACUUGCCAAAGAAACGAUAGACAUAGAAAACAUGUAAAGAAUCACAGCAGGGUAUUUUCAAGUCAAAGACUGCACCACGGGGCUGUCGUAGUGUAGAGUACUUAAAAGGUCAGUUCACAUACAUAAGAAAAGUAACAACCAUAUACUUUUGCGCUUACCACAGUGGUAUCUACAUUUGUAAAUGAUGUUUGAAAAACUCAGUAGCAAUGUCGCAGGACAAAAUAUGUGCUGGUCACAGACCAUGGCGUAGUCAGUUUUCAGUGUUUUGUAUGGGACUCCCUGUGAUUUAUCCACAGGAACUGGUACAUUUGUUUAUGGUGAAGCACGUUGCUAAUGAGUUCUUCAAAUGUAGGAUUUUAAUCAUAUGAGCACCUCAGUUGUAAUGGGGUGGCAGCAGAAGUCUUAGCAGUUUAUAUCUCCACACCAAGAAAACACAAACACUCAAUGUGGCUGGAUAUUGCUGGAGGUAAAUAAGAGUUUUUUUCUGUGCGGUUUGGUUGAACUGAUCAUUUAAACAUAAUCAGAUACAGUCAGGUACAGUUACCUGUUCUUACUACCUAUUACAGUGCAUCUGAUUAAUUAUACAAAGACAAAUCAUAAUUAUUCUUAAAACUUUACUGUAAAAUAGAGAACUGCUCCUGACAUCCAUCACUCCUCAACACCAGUGAUAACGCCCUAAUCCUAACCCUUUAAAAACAACAACAACAACAACAACAAAAACAUGAUCUCCUACACAGUGCAAUAGGAACUGCUCCCUGGUGACCUGGUAUUUCUGGAUUAGUUUCACUGUGUCUUUGUCCUUUUAGAUUUAAAUUAUAUAUAUGUAUAUAUAAAAGUCAGUAUUGACAAAUCUAUUAAAAAACACAUGAUAAACUACCUAUGCAGCAGCAAUGGUGCACAUGACCAACACUGUAUGAUGUGGAUGGAUUUACCGUCACAUAGCUCCCCCCACUGAAACAAGUACAGACGUGCAUCCACAAGGAGAGCUUCCUUAACACUUCAGGGCCUUUCCAAAACUAAUCCUGCUACUAUUUAUUACUAAAGGCACCAUCCCAAACCACAUUGUCAUCUAAUUAUCAUCUAUUAUGUAUGGAGGUUGUUUAACAAACUGUAUGAAGGAGUACUGUAUCAAAACUGUACAGUAUGUUAGUGAUACUGCUUUAAUUUGCUUGUGACAAGCACAGAGGUAACGUGUGUAAAUGUGGGAUACUGCCACAUGUAAUUACCAAAAUAUUAACUAUAUGAGCAUAUAGGUUAAAAAAAAAAAAAACUCCACUCCAAUAUAAUUGUGUAAUACACCAUUUGUGAUAUAUUGUAAGUAAAGACACAGUGAGAGAUGGAUGUGUAUUUCUCAGUGUGCACUAACACUACCUGAUGCCCUUCCUCUGUGUGCAACUGUAGCUCUACUGAGGAACCUAAUAAAGACAAAGCAUUUUGACAUAAUGCAAAUGGCAUGUAUGAUGUCAACAUCUGGUGUUGUUCAUUCUGCGGCAAUGCAUGCCAAAGAUUUGUAGGAUAAUUAGUCAUUAACUCACUUCCUCAUGAUGUCUAAGUGUUUAGUUAUCUAACAACUUGCAGGUUUUUUGACUUCUUCUGGAAACUGUAUCCUUCCGAUUUCUAAGUAUUUGUUUGUGAACUUGGCAAUAUCUUUGAUAAAAAGCUGGACAGCA